CUGGCGGCUUGGCCUGUUUCCGGUAGGAUCAGUGGACGCGGCGGCUGAGACCGUGCGGAACUGGCGUUGUCUACUGAGCUUGUCCGGCCGUGAGCAGAGAUGGCGGCGGCUUUUCGGAAGGCAGCUAAGUCCCGGCAGCGGGAACACCGAGAGCGAAGCCAGCCCGGCUUUCGAAAACAUCUGGGCCUGCUGGAGAAAAAGAAAGAUUACAAACUUCGUGCAGAUGACUACCGGAAAAAGCAAGAAUACCUCAGAACUCUCCGGAAGAAGGCUCUUGAAAAAAAUCCAGAUGAAUUCUACUAUAAAAUGACCCGGGUUAAACUCCAGGAUGGAGUUCAUGUUAUUAAGGAGACUAAGGAAGAGGUAACUCCGGAACAGCUGAAACUGAUGAGAACUCAGGAUGUCAAAUACAUAGAAAUGAAAAGGCUGGCAGAAGCUAAGAAAAUUGAAAGACUAAAAUCAGAGCUCCAUCUGCUGGAUUUCCAGGGGAAGCAACAGAAUAAGCAUGUGUUCUUUUUUGACACCAAAAAGGAAGUUGAACAGUUUGAUAUUGCAACUCACCUGCGAACAGCCCCGGAACUAGUCGACAGAGUCUUUAAUAGACCCAGAAUAGAGACCUUGCAGAAGGAGAAAGUGAAAGGAGUUACGCAUCAGACUCGACUUAAGCGGAUAGCUAAAGAGAGGCAGAAGCAGUAUAACUGCCUGACACAGCGGAUUGAGCGCGAGAAGAAAUUGUUCGUUAUUGCACAGAAAAUUCAAACACGCAAAGAUCUUCUGGAUAAAACUCGGAAGGUAAAGGUGAAGAAAGAAACAGUGAACUCCCCAGCUAUUUACAAAUUUCAGAGUCGUCGAAAACGUUGAAGUGUUACAGAUAAGCCUUGUCAUUCCGCACGGAAAAGAAUUCUGUUUUUUUCCCCAGUAACUUCAAAUUCCGUUAGUCUAGAUGACCUGGUUUUCCUGUUUGUAACCAAAAUUUUUUGUGGCUCUGACAUUUGAUAUGAACAACGUUGAAGCCCCUUCCCCCGUCUUA